AUGUCCAAGAGCACUCGGUCCCAGCUGACAUUGCCAGACUUUUGUCUCCAUCUCGCUCGCUCUCCACUCAAGGAUGCUAGGACCGCCCGACGAAACAUCCACCCAUCUCCGCCCCGCGAAGUCGACAUGCCGUCCUUCGUGGUCGACCGUCCAAAGAGACCGUCCAAAGAUCCUCCUUCUCCCGAGCGCGAUGUCAAGAGGCCCAAGCAUCACGACCUCCGUCUCGAGAACCAGUUAGCGUACACCAAUCCAUCCUCCACACCGUCGCCUCUCCAACCUCCGAUGGACAAUUCCAAACCACAUCGACGUUCUCAGUCUGCACCCGUCCACACAAAUUUUCCGCAUCUCGACCUCACCAAGGUUCCUCCGUCGCCGUCCAAGGCCACUGUUCCACUCCGUAUAGCAUCUCUGCCCCCCGUGGACGUCACCAAUGCAGAGCGUCAGUCCACCAACCCUUUUACGCUCUCUCCGCCAACUCCGCCCGUUUUCCAUAUUCAAGCCGCAACUCCCCGCGCUUCCCGAACCAAGCCACUUACUCUACCUCCUCUCUCCCCGCUCACUCCACUUCCAUCCGCGCCAUUGCCACCCACCCAUCAACAGCAUUCCUCAGAUACUUCUGUACCUGCAUGCCCUGUCUCCAUACCUCGGCUUGUCCACAGUCGGGCUACCCAUAACCCCUCCGUUCAUCCUGCAUUCGUCGUUCCGCCCCCGACUCCUUCUACCAGUGCCAGUCGCCUCCCUCGUCCUUCUGCUGUAUCUUCAACCCAUCUAAUCUUCACCAAAGGGGAAGAUCACACUCAACGCGAUAAACCGAUUCAAAAGAUCAAAGGAAGACUGCCCAAGCGGACUGCUACAGUCACGCAAUUCCCACUCGGUGGACGCAUGACACGAUCUGCGUCUCUUCGUCAGGCUCAGAACAGAAGAAAUGAAGAUGACGUUCCUGUAAAGCCGGGCACCUCUGCAAAUCUUCCAAGCACUUCUGCGGCUCCGGCAUCGUCAUUAUCGAGCGGUUUGUCUCGCAAGCGAUCACUGUCUUUCUCCUUCGCGCGACCCACAUCAAGUUCCGCUGCCAAAUCUCAGCCCUCCUCUCCAACCAAACCCCGUUCCGAUGCCCCUCCACGCACACCCAGGGGCACUGCCGAACAACGAUUUUCAUCUUCAUCGCUGUCUAAUCUCUCCGUUGCGCUCAUGAAACUGAGCAUGCCUGCACCGUCCAGGCCAAGUACGAGUAUGGGGUUCGAUUCUGAACCUAUGAACUCCGGGGACAACGAUCACACUCAGAACGUCAGGCCCGUGACUCUGGGUGAUAAGAGCGUCAGAGCUCAUGCUGACAUUAAGGACCCGGUGUUAGUCGAACCUCAGCUUCCCACAGUGCCAUUGAAUAAGGCAGCCACUCACGGCAACUUGUCUACGCCUUGUACGAGUUCGCGCGCAUCCAAUCUGGAGAUCCCUACCGCAAAUUCUUCCAUAGCCAGAACUCAGAAACGAAUAAACGUUCACUCUGGUAUCAUCGCUGGGAGACCAAGAAAUAUGAUUGCCGUUAGAAGGAUUCAAGCAGGAUCCGAUAAGAACCGCCCUAGGUUCUUUGGGGUAGGCACACUUUCUGGACCUGCCGUCGCAGGAAGAAGUCGUGUAACUCAAAAAGCCAGUCAGAAGACUACCUUGCCAAGUGUGCAAGGGAGCCCUGUGAAGGGCAGCGGAAUCAUGGAAGUUGAAUCGUGCUCGUCACCUUCGGAGAUCCUGCAAGCGGCAAGCAAUGUAGACGGAAUUGUUGUUCCUGCCGUCGAUGGUUCUGAAGGUGCUGACGACGGAAAUCUGGCACAGGAUAUCUGGAAGAGUACUUCACGUCGGGCAUCCCUGGCCUCUCAUUUUCUAUCCCAAUCGUUGUCAUCUCUACCGCAGACUCCUCCUUUCUCUUCUACGCCAGAUGAAACAACGAUCCUUGCGACUCUGCCUGGCAGCAGGAGGAGCACUCUCCGCUCCAUGGGCGGCAGUCGAGCUCUGGUGCCAACUGGUGCACAUACUGCGCCUGGCAAAUUGAGCCAAGCCGCAGGUAAAGGUGCCCAUGUCUCAGCCCGUAAGGACGGAGAAAGUCCCGCAACUUCCAUUACUACGGAGAUGGUCGAACCAUCUGGUUCAUGGUCGGUCCUCAAGGAAUGCGUCAUAUUUGUCGACGUUCGGACUGACGAUGGUGACGACGCGGGUGCACUGUUCAUCGACAUGCUGAGGGGCAUGGGCGCGAGGAUCUUGACGCGAGUUGGACAGAGUUGUACACAUGUUGUAUACAAGAACGGCCUGAUGAGCACCUUGACUCGAUAUCGGCUGUUGAACGAGCCGAAACCGCUCGUCGUGGGCAUUGCAUGGGUGGUAGAGUGUGUUGAAAAUAGAGCGCGAGCAGACGAAACGAGAUUCUUGGUCGACUUGGACGGGCUCAAUGUCGCGGGAACGAACAAGCGGCGACGGUCUAUGUUACCUAAACAGUUCCAUUUUGCAGCUCCCACCCAUGUACCCACCCAUUCUGGAUCUGUCGAAGCUGAUGGGACCGUAGUGCUGAAUGCAGUACAAGCUAUGGCUGCAGAUUCACCGUCUUCAGAUGUUGCGGACGAUCUUAGCGGUGUGUCCAGCCCUGGCAAUGAGACUUUGGCGCCACUUGAGAGAGCUCGACGACGACGAAGCAUGUUAAUAGGGCUGCCGACUCAAUCUUGA